UGGCGUUUGAGGAAGUUGAGGAUCCACCAAAGCUGAAGCGGUAACAAGUCGUCAGAAAUGGUUUUGGUUACAACUUUCACAACAGUGUUUAUGAUCUGAAAGGGGUUGAGAAUCCACCAUGGCCGGGUCAGGACUGUGCUGCGCCAGCCUCAAAGAUGGCAAAGUUCUGAUGAAGAUGGGGCUGGCCCUGGUUCUAGUGGGCCAUGUCAAUUUCCUUCUGGGCGCCCUGGUGCACGGCGCCGUGCUCCGACACAUCCAUGUUCGAAACAGGGUCGGGACUCUGUUGUACGCCAUUUCCAACAUCAUAGCCAUCGUGGCAGGUCUGAUGGGAAUAAUUAGUGGAAUAACAGCCAUCGUUCUGUCUAAAAACAAGAAAGUCAAGACCCUGAUGUGGGUUCUGCUGGUCUUCAGCUUCCUGACAGGUCUGUUAGGAAUCGCCUCGGCCACAGGGUUGGCAGCUUCUGCGAUUAGGACUUUAGUCUUUAAAGGAAUGAAAAUUCUACAGACCCACUGCAACACCCCAAAUAAAGAAGUCGCCUCAUCGAGCAUCACAUUCGAGUGUCCUUUUGAUCCAACUCGUCUUUAUGAGACUAUAAUAGUUUUGUGGGUGCCUCUUGUCGUCAUGUCCRUUGUGGAAUCAGUGUUCGCCUUUCGCUGCUUUUCUGCCUGCACCUCCUUCCUGUACCUGUGUCCGUGCAGGAGGAAGCCCCUCCAGUCCAGGGUGCGUGGACAGAAAAAAGUUGAAACCCCGGCUCCGGCUCCAGAACCAGAGACCGAAGCCGAGGACGGACCCACCGAGCAGGACGACCUGCUGCGCAGUAACUCUACGGCUCAGCAAAGUGACUGGGUCUAAUGAGAUUCCUCGCCGUGUAAAAAGAGAGUUCUGUUACACAGUUUGAAGAUAUUUGGAUUUAAACAUAAAAAAGCAGCCUCUUAUUACCAUUUAUGCUCUUCAGUUCACUGCGGCAUGAAAUACUGUUACUCUGCUUUGAAAUACUCGUCUUGUUCAAAAAUUUGCUUUGUGUAUUUUUACUUUUUUAUAUGUUUUUUAACGAACUGUACAUCAGAAAGCAGACAUUGCCUUUUUUUAUGCUUAUUAAAAACAAUGUUUGAGCCCAUUCUCAGCUCAUGUUGGUGUGGUCGAAUUUAAAUAUUAGCCAGCAGUUAAGUGGAACACGUUUACUAAAUGUUUUCAGAAUACAAAUAUAUAAAUAUAUACAAUGAAUAUUUUAACAUUUGCUUUGCCCCUUACGAGGACGCAAAGCCCAACACCAGGGAUCUGUUCGAAGAAACAUUUGGGAAACUAUAGGCAAGAGUUCUAGAAAUUUGCCCCAAAAAAUGUCCCCCCCUUUUGAAAUGGAUACUGAAUUGUAACCUAAAUUUUAUGUAUUAAAAAAAGCAGUUUGUUUACAAUGUGCCAUGUAAAAAGAUAAGUUUAAGCAGAAAUUUUACCAAAAAAAAGCAUUGGUUAUUUCUACAUCAUUCAACUACAUCUGGAAAAGGCACAAAACAAAAGUGGGAGUGAAAAAAAAAAA